CUCCAGCACUUUUGAGAAGCCAGGCAGAAGCAGGAGGCAGCGAUCAGUAGUGAUGAACCUCUAAACUGGACGUCCUGCUCAAGGUUGACACUACGCAGAGGCGAGCUUAAGGUGAAAAGAGUGGAGGAGCAAAAAGAGUAAAAGAGACGUAAAAGACAUCUGUGCUGUUCUUCCCUCCCAUCCAUGAUGCGGGACUCUGUCUUUAACUGCUGCGUUUCUCCACCCCAUCCUCCCGUUGGAGUGGAGGAGCCCCAACAGAGAAGCAGAGCUCAGGCUCCGCCCCCUAACGACAGGCAUUUCCUUAUAUUCUUUGACUUUGACGAGACCCUGGUGGACGAGUGCAGCGACGACUCUAUGGUUACUGUGGCGCCUGGUGGAGUCCUGCCUGGCUGGUUGAAGGACACCUACCGUCCCGGCUGCUACAAUGAGUAUAUGCAGCGUGUGCUGGCUUACCUCGCCGAACAAGGCGUCACCCCGGCGGCUAUUCGAGGCACAGUGGAGAAACUCCCUCCCUGCCCAGGCAUCCCCACUUUGAUGCAUUUCCUGCUCUCCCAGCCUUCAAGGGACUUUGAAGUCGUUUGUGUGUCAGACGCCAAUAUGGUCUUCAUCGAGACGUGGCUGCAGCACCUGGGCUUCCACCCACUUUUUCUGCGCAUUUUCACCAACCCAGCUCACUUUGAUGAUAAUGGGCAGCUGCAGCUUCGCCCCUUCCACUCCCAUGAGUGCCUGCGAUGCCCUGCGAACAUGUGCAAAGCGGUGGUGGUGAGGCAGUACGUGGCCCAGCGUGUGCGAGAGAGGGGCGGACGGCCGUACCAGAAGGUUUUGUACGUGGGCGAUGGGGCCAAUGACUUUUGCCCGUCACUCACACUGUCACCGGGCGAUAUAGCAUUCCCACGCUGGGACUUUCCAAUGCACAAACUGAUCCAAGAGAUGGAGGAAGCCAAACCUGGAGAGUUCAAGGCCAGUGUGGUGCCCUGGAACAGUGGAGAGGAUGUCAUCAACACCCUGAGGAAGAUAUUAGAGAGGCCCUAAAUAUAUACAUACACCUAAAUGAGGCCCUAAUAGUGUGUAGGGUUUUCAAAAUAUCGAGUACAUUCCAAACUCUUUUGGUUUUGCCAAAUAUGCAUCAACUUAGUUCUGUCUAGAAACUGCCAAGAUGUUAAGGGUCUUUUAAUAAGAUGAAAUAACACCGCUAUAAACUUACAUUUAAAUACACAGACACAUCCAAACGAGAAUGAAUUUAUAAUGUGUGUGUAUGAUUGAGCCUAGACUUUUUUUUAAAUCUGAUUGCAGACUGGCCAGUGGUGUCUAUCCCUAAAUGCAUUAUUAUUAUUAUUAUUAUUAUUUUUAUUAUCAUGCUUAAGACCAAUUUCUGUAUUGUACUGUCAUUCACACAUAAAUUCAAAUAUUGUUCUUUUUGUAGUUUUAAAGAUGCAAAUCUGAGAGGUGCUAUAGGUGAUUAUUUAUGUGAAAAAUGCUAAAGUGAUUCACUAAAAUGAUCAUCUUACUAAUGAGAAAUAACUUCCAAUGGUUAGUAUUUGCCGUUGAAAUACUGUGUGUAUUGUAUGCUAUAGUUUUUAUUCGUAAACUUUAACCCAUCCUCUGUUGGCAGGAUGUGCUGUAGUUUUUAACCUGUGAUUAGAAGAAUUUGUGUUUGGUUUUGUGUUUGUUCCUUUCUCUUAUGCAAAGUCUGUGAACUUUGGAAUUGAGAUUAUGGAUCUGAGAUCUCUGAACCUCACCAGCAUGGAUAUAAAGCCAUUUACUCACAACAAAUUUUCUGCACUUCAAAUGUCUUCAAACUUAUCCAACUCCUUCAUAGAUAAAAACAAAACAAAACCAUUCCUUACCCUUGCUUUUAUAGGCCCUUUAAAAACCAGUUCAACUUGACAGUUUGUAUCAUAGAGGAUUUUGUACCUUCUACUAAUAUAUA